CAUUUUGGUACCUUUGAAGGGAAGGGGGGGGGGGGUAGGUACUAUCUACUCACUAUAUCUAGAUUCUAGAUUUCUUUCCGACAAAAAACAGCAGCGCCUCUGUGAAAAAUUUUUCAACCCCCUCCCUUUCUCAAUACCCUUUGUUUGUUUUGGAUGUUACAGCAAAGUUUUUCCCUUUUGUUUUGCUCGCAAUUUGUUGUUUUGCCUCCGUAGACACCAGCCUAUUCAUCAAAAUAUGGUGUUCCGUUCUGAGCACAGAUUUUCCGUGCCAUCAAAGACUGCAAUUUAAAGCAAAGGUAGUUAACACUCCUGGAAAAUUAACGACAUCCCCUGGUUUUAUCUCAAACGCUUAAUAAUCUGCUAGAAUGCUGCGAUGGUCGUGAGUAUGAGACAUCUGCAGUCGCCAUUUCGAAGUCAAUGUUUUGCAGUUCCACAAUAGAGCAGAAACAAUAAGUACGGGCCAAUAAUCAACUACUUGCCAUUGUACAGCUCUCUUACAAAUAUGGUAUCAUUUCCGAGUUUCAGAUGCUGUUUUGACCGAGUUCCAUCCGUGUUCCAAACAAAAAGUUUAUUCACUUUUGCUCUGAUGGAGCCCCGUAUGCCGGGGCGAAAUAUUAGCCUUUACUGAUUUGCGUGUAUUUGUUGUUGUUUAUUCUCGGCGUAUUGCGGUGUUUCAUAUUUGCUACAAAAAGUUUAUUGUUUCAAUUCAUUCACUUCCGAGGCACAAAACGUUUAUUUCAGAGUUCCAGGAUUUACUGCUGUUGUCCUCCACAGCGUCUGGAAAAUCGUUUCAAAACACAACAGAGAAGAAACUGGCAAUUUUUAGAUUUUGAAGAGACUGUGAUAAAACUUAGAAUUUUACUUGUUUCAGGCAACACUAUUUUUAGCUGUAUGUUGGAAAACUGACUGAGUUCUGUGCACCAAGGAACUCACUCUGAAUCUGCCUCUGGUUUAACUUCUGAUGAAAUCAUAAAACUGACCUGAAUUCAGCUGUUCUAUGAUUUGAUUGGUUUACUUUGGUAUUCUUCACUUUGAUUGGUUUAGACUUAGCAGCUAGUACUUUGUUGGUUUAGACCAAGCUACUUGUACGUUGUUGGUUUAGAAAUGAAAAUGAAAAACUUAUAAAAGUUGCUAAUGGGUACAAGUACCUUGGAGUUUGGCUGGAAGCAAAAUUAAAUAUGAAUAAACCCCUAUGAAUUAAUGAAUGAAUAAAUGAAUUAAUGAAUGAAUAAAUGAAUGAAUGAAUGAAUGAAUGAAUGAAUGAAUGAAUGAAUGAAUGAAAGUAUUAAGAAAAGCAAAUGCCCGAAUGAAGCUGUUGUCCCGUGUGCGUGAUUCACUGUCGGUUUUUGCUGCUAAGGCGGUAUACAAUUCUUUCAUUCUACCAACUAUUUAUUAGUUAUCUUUAAAAUCCUGUUGUAUUCACACAACAAUGCUUUACUGUUCAACGCCAGUUAUCAAAGUUUUCUGAUACAAUGAUGAAAAAUUUGAAAGUGUACAAAAUAGAGCGCAAAAAGUUAUAUAUGGAUUGCAGGCAGACAACAGAUGUGGCCUUAUUUCGAUCAAUAAUAAAAACAGAUGAAAGCUGACAUACAGAUGUUCAAAUCUCAUCAAGGAACUUGCAUGUCAGCCCUCAGAAUUUACCCAGACAAUGUUGACCAUCAACCCAAGAAACAAUAAAUCAUUGUUUAGACUGCCUUUUGUUAAAACAGAAACUGCGACAAGAUCUUUUUACUUUCAAGAACCGUACUGUUUUAACGAACUUCCACGAGACAUGCGUUCCCUGAAAUCGCUUGUUAUUUUUAAAUACAAGUUGAGAGAACAUUUUUUAUCGUAAGAGAAAUUGUAAAGUAGAGAAUAAUUUUAAAGCUUUAAUUUCAAGAUUCUGAUUGUAAGUAACUCCUUUUUAAAGUUUAGGUUUUUCUUACAUUGUAUAUGUUUAAAACAGGGCCCUUAUUGAUAACAGCACCUUUGUUGCUGAAAAGGCAACCCUGUAUAAAUAAUUAUAUUAUCACUUUUAUUGUUACAUAGACUCAGGACCGUCUCUAGUUACAGUACACAAGGCCGUGCUCAGGUCCCAUUUGCCGAUAAAGUGGGCAAGCCAUCAUUUACUCGUCAACAAGUCUAAAAAUUUUCCAGCAAAAUACCCCCAUGGGGCAUGGAAAAAGACCACCAUUUUUGGAACAAAGUAUUUUCUAAGGGGUAGGGGGUCAUACCCUUCCAUGCCCCACCAUAAUGAUAAAGUUAAGCUGCCCUCGAGGCAUCCUGUUUCUACGGACAUACAUAAUACCUAUGGACAAAAUCCUGUUUCUACGGACCAAAUCAACAUUAUAUUUUAAGAUUUGAACCAUCUGUAAUUAAAUUUCUUCUCACUUUCUAAUCUCAGUAGAAUAAGGGGUUAUUUCGAAAACAUAUUGAGAGGUUUCUUUAAAAAGGUUCAUGUUUUGUCUAGCUUCACAAAGAUUUUAUGCUGUAUUCAAAAAUUUUCUAAAGAGCAAGUGGACUUAUUUAGAAUGGUCUAUCAAAAUUGAACGUUGCUUUUUAUCAAAGUAUGUUUUCCUUUAUGUUAGAUUUUGGUGUUUCCAAUAAAGAAAUUGUUUAAGCCUACAGAUAUCUGUCAGUUCUUUUUGUUGCCAAGGAAGAAAAGUCUUCUCAGUGACGUGACGGAUAAAAUGCUUUUUUUUAAUUUUUUUUAUAAAUAUCAUCUUGGCUUACUGAGUUAUUCAAUUUCUGCUUACUGAAAAAAUAUGCACUUGCUGAUUGUUAUUUCGAAUUAAUCUACCUAUUCUUAUGGCCAGGGAAGGUGGGAUGCGUCUUUCUAGUUCUCGGCAGAACCAAUUUUGCAUUGCGUCUUAAUUCAAUGAUAAAGUGUUAAGGGAAUGAGUAAUAGUUUGUUGUAUGUUAUUCAAGAUUCUUAAAGUGCCCUUGCGUAGCCAAAGCAUGGUCAUGGGCAUUCUUUAAUAGUAAAAUGUCAUUUCCUGUUGGUGAAAGGCCCUUUUUCUGAACUUAAAAAGUACGCUACCAUAUUCUUGUCUUUCAUUUUUUAAGAGAAUGAUUAAACAAUAGAGGUGGUUUCAUAUUUUUUGAUUCGCACUAUUUCGAACAUUUGUUUGUUUUAAGGCCAAGUACACACGUUAUUUCAUAAGAAAGUUUUUUCAACCCAGUACUCAAACUGUCUUAGCUAUUUCCCGAUUUCAGUACUAAAAUUUUUUUAAAGCUUUCGUAAUAAAAGUUGAAAAGUUUUAUAUUAAUUCGCAUGCGCAGUGACAGAAUAAGUACAUUGCUAUAACUAUAUAGUAUAUAUAUGGUAUUAAUAACAUUCUUACCAUCACCUAUUGAAGAAAACCCUAUAAACAGACGCAAUGGGUAUAAACUAAUUAUGAAAAUUCAUGAACAAAUAAUUUCAACACCAUCUGUUUUUAUAGAGACACUUGCGAACCUUAGGAAUUCCCUUUUCUGCACAUGAUAGUCACAAAACUAACAAUACUGCGCUUGCAUGGCAAUUUCUCUUUGAACUAGUGAUUACCUAAAUUUUUCAACUUUUAUAGGUUUCAAAAAUCCAGUAUUGAGCUUUUUAACUAUUUGAAGAGCUGAGUAUUACUUUUUUAAAAAGCUCUAAUUUUUAUAAACAACGUAAAGACAAGUUGUCUUCAUUUAAAAGAAGAAUCUUAUAAAAUUGCUCUUAUGUAAAAAAAUUGUAAUAGAGAAUAAUUCGAUCUAAUCUGCUUCCAAGAAAGCCUGGUAUUCGUCGAGUAUAUAUAUAUUUAUGUUCCUCCCUCCUUCUCUUCUCGUCAAAUUUGCCUGUGGUAUUAAUCGAAUGCCGUUACUCUUAUUUGCUUCAGCUUUGCUUCUUUGCACGAGAAGUGUCUUCGAUAGAUAAACAUUAUCAUUGUAUGCCCUUAGAUUGUUUUACAUGCGGCUGCAUCACGACGCACUUGUUUGUCAAGUGCAAGCAAUAUUUUAUUUUCUUCGCACCUUAUUGUUCAAUUUGAUUUAUCAAUUUUGCGAAUCUGCGGCAAAAUUCUGAUAAGAUAAUAUGUAAAAAAUUGCUCUUUGAUGUUUGUUUGGUUUAGACAUGAGAUAUUGAGGUUGCCGGUAUCUUUGCAGUAGAACAUCUGCAAGGACUUUGCCUCUUCAACCAAAGAAAACAACAAGUGUCAUAAGAUCUAUGGCUCCUGAUAUUCAAUAGCACUCAUUCUUGUUUGGAUGGUCUUGAUUUGAUCACACGAGCUCAAAGCGUAGGAAGGAAAAAGAGAGUGACAGGGUGCAGUUAUUUUUCCCAAGGCUAAUUUGUUAACAAUGUGUUUGGAAAAUUAAACAUGAUCCUAUAUCUUUGAAAAUGCUAUUUUGAUGCCUUUUGACUACAGAAUGUUUAUUGUUACUAAAUAGUUUUAUGUAAAAACUUUGCUUAUCUUUAGCCAUUGAUAUGCAUCCCUAUAACCCCUUUCUACUUCUAUCACCCCUGAAAAUUAUCUGCAAGAUGGGACUUGACCCUUUGCUUUUGGAAAUUAUGAAUGCACUUUUGAAUACCAAUGUUUACUGCAACCAAAUAGGUUUAUGUAGAAAAUUUCUCAUUUUUAGCCAUUUUUUUUAGAGUCAAUCAGUUCCGCAAGCUUCUUCGAGGCAAGAUUCAUUUAGAAUGUUUCCUCGCUAUGCUCGUACAAGCAAAAGAAUGAAUCUGUGAAUAAAGAAAAGUUCACGAAAGCAAUCUGCUCGACGGACUCCAAAGGAUUCUUGCAGCGAGAAAUUGAUGAAAAUGUAGCAAAUAAGAAACACUGCAAUGCGACGAGAAUGAACAACAAUAAAUACACGUAAAUUGAAGAAGGCUAAUAUUUCGCCCCGCAUACGGGGCUUCAUCAGAGCAAAAAAACUUUUGAAUGAUUAAGAAACUGAAGUACUCGUUGUAGCAAAUGAAAAAAGUUGUUAAGAAAGCAGAAAUCCGAAAAAUUUCUUGACUUUCAACCAAUGUAAUGAAAUAAGUUGCUAUAAUAUGAAAUAAAAUCGUUUCGUAGGAUAAAAUAUAACACAGAGGUACAGGCAAAAUUACACGAUUUUACCCUAAUGCUAAAAUUGAUGUUAUUAGAACAAAGAAGCUCUUAAGAAACAACGAGUGCUGAAAAUUGCUGCAGUAUUAAGGAGCUUGAGUAUUCAAUAUGGUCAUAUAAAACACCCAGUGUAUCCUAUUUGCCAACAUUCAAUGAAAUUGCAAAGCAACGCGGCGUCUUAUCAUUUUCGGAACACUUUCAAAUGGAAUCUUGUCAAUAGCAAGUUUUUGAAGGUAUCAAAAAUGUCUGCAAAUAUUGUUAUGGAACUUCCAACUUUGAUAGAAUGCUGUUAUUUGUGUUUGGGAGUUUGGCCUUUUUAUUUCAGCAUUUUCUUUUAUAUUUUCUAUAUUGAUUUUGCGCUUUGUUUAAGGAACCAUUCGUUUGGAUUUUUGGUCUUUUAAAAUUUUAAAGGUGCUCGGUCGGCAUUGUUGCAAUAGUCAAAUGUUAGCUGCUCGUUUAGAGUCACCGAGACCGCUUCUUGUUAAUUGAUCGAACAAUAUUGUGGGAUUCUCUAUGACUUUUCUCUUUUUCCUUGUAGUUAGGAUAUUUUGCCGAACGGGAUGAUCAACGAAGCUUAUCUUUUAGUUAUCAAGAUUCGAGUAGGUGUUGAUUGAAGAAUGUAGUAAGCAUUCGAACAGUUGACAACGCCCAUCUCGAGACCAGGAAUAUCUUAUCACACUCGCUCCUGCUGUUAAGGAGCACCUACUUAUCAACUGAUAAUAUUAUUGAUUAUCGCUAAGCAAUAACGAUGGAGGUGUACAGAGUGCAUCAUCCUUAAAAGUAGAAAGUGUGCUUUUCUGAAAUAGCAAAGACACUUCUGUUAAAGAACAAUUUGAAAAGGGUUUUUUGAAAUCAAAAUGGAACUUCUUCAAUCUUCUAUUCAUAAAUGUAAUGGGUAUAUCCGGUUGACCGUAGCACCAUAUAGAUUACCAUGGCCAAUUUAAACUUCAUUACAAAUGAAAAACUUACUUUAUUCAGUUCGCGUUAUGAUUUCAUCGAACUUAUUUGGCAUACCUAUUGCAAAUGCGCUCCAGCUUUUGUGAUAGCUCAACUCCGUAUUAUUGUUUUGUGCAAACAGGUGCUCCGUUGCAAAAGAUAUAAAUCAGAACAUCUGCAUUCAGCGAGUAAUUCAGUCGCGCGAGAAUGGACUUCAACAUCACUUGUAGCAGCAAUAGCAGCAUAUUGGGUGGUGACAAUUUCAAUGGCUCAUUUCCAUGUUCCAAUGGAACUGUUGUGCCAACAAAUGCCAGCAGCCUUGUUGGCGGUGGGUCAGCCCCGCUGGAGAUCAAAGGUGCCACAAAAUAUCUCUGCUAUCUUUUUUACAGCCUUGUCUUUCUCUUUGGUGUUGGUGGCAACAUGAUCGUGUUUUACGUGAUUGGCUAUCGCAAGAAGAAACGGGCUGGCAGCGACGUAUACAUUUUAUCACUGGCACUGGCUGACCUCUUGGCAUCAGCUUUCAUUCCAGUUGUCAUGUUGAAUGAUCUGAUCUCAGAUUUCUCAAAAUGGUACUAUGGAAAAGCAAUGUGCUAUGUUUUUCCUGUCAUUACUCCCACAACCAUGGUGGUAUCUGCGUGGUCGCUGGUUUUAAUCUCCUUGGAUAGAUACAGGGUCAUUUUAAAGCCGAUGGCCCCGAAGCCUUCUGCAGUCACUCUUUAUUGCUCUGUUAUUUCCAUAUGGGUAGUUUCAAUUUGUAUCAACAUACCAUAUCUCCUGCGUAUUGAAUUCGUCAACAAUAUGUGCUGGGAUUCAAGCAGUCAUUACAUAAAACCAAAGGAGUUUAUCAUAUAUGCUGGUUUUUGGGUGUUUUUCAUUUGGGGCAUUCCAAACAUCAUCAUGAUCGUCGUUUACUGCCUUACCGGAGCUGCGCUCAAACGCAACACCCUAAAGCAUGCCAAUAGCAAAGCAAUGGAACAACGUAAUAAGCAGAAUAGAAAUAUUGUCAAAAUGUUUGCCAUUAUCGUCAUCAUAUUUUUCCUGCUUACCAUGCCAUACGCACUCUUCUAUUUUGCUGGAAGCUACCUUAUCUUGUACGAUCCAAUGCCUGACGUCAAAUUGAUUUACACUUGGAAUUAUUUGCUGUUUUUCUUGGCCUCUGCAAAUGGCUGCAUUAACCCAUUGAUCUAUGCCAAAAUGCACCGCGAUGUGAAUGGAUUUCUAAGAUCUGUUGCUACUCGUUUAUCUGGUUGUUGUCGCUCUACUAGCUCCCAGGCAAGAAAUGAAAUGUACAAACCAUCGUCGAAUUUGUCUGUUUCUACCACGAGAACCGAACAGUCUACGAUGUGAUGGCUCAUGGUGUUGCUAAAUUCCAAGUGCGAUCAAUCCAAAUAUACGAUGAACGUCUUUUUGUUUCUUUCUUUAUUUAAAGUUGGUACAAUUUCUAGCUAUGCAUACAAGCUAAUUAAAACCAACUAAGCACCUUGUGGUCUUUCCAUGUGUGACCAUUUGAUCUCUACACACUUUUUCGCGUUAGAGAGGUGAGUUUCUUUCAGCAAAAUAUUUUUGAAAGGGGGGCCAUACUCUAUCUCUAUGCAUCACUCAUUUUGCAAAUUCAAACUUAUUUAUUCCUACGCACUAAGACACAUUCUUUCAUUUGGAGAAUUGGCACCUAAAGUACCUUCUUACAUGACUUAUAUACAUUAUGAGUUCAGAUAAAACCUCUCCUUUUUUACUUUCUCAUAUUUGAGAUACAAGCAUCGACUAUAAUCUUCCCAUUCAUAUCUUAAAUGUAGCAGCUAAAAACUUCCGUCUGAAUAAACACACAUUUAUGAAUACAAAAAUAAUAAAAUUAUGGAUAACUUUUUAUUUGCGCUGCUAUUCAAACCAUGGCCCCCAACUUUUCUGCAGAGCUAAAAAAAAGUUUUAGGCAGAAGUAGAAAUAAAUGUAGUAUGUGAUUCUGUAAGUAACUUUGCCUAGUUUUCUCUGAAAUUUGUCCUUAGCUUUAUCUUGGUUGCUAUGUCUUUACCAUAGAAGACAUACAUAAAAUUGAAUAUGGGAAUUAGAUCGAAGAAAUCGGUCAUUGUCUAAGUUUUACAACGAGUGACAGCUUGGCUUAGCAAAUAGAUCGAGAAAUCUAGCCCUGAAUAACUGGGUGCCAGCACAAAUUGACGGAGUUUCGUUUUUCCAUUGCCUGAACUUCACACACAGGGUCUAUUUGUUAACGAGAACUUUCUCUGAAACUUUACAAAAAGAGAGAAAUCGGCUUUUGAAGGAAAAGAAACAGCUGGUAAGAACCUUUUUGAGGAUAUGAGAAAUAAAGUAUGGGCAGAUUUGUUCUUAAAAAGUCUCAUCAAGAAAACUUCAGAGUUUGAUCAUUUGGAUAAUCCAUUCCUACUAAGAAAGAGAAAAUAUCGACACAAUUAUAAAUUCUAUUUAAACUUAUUUUGACAAGCCCAGUUUGAAGGUUUUUCAAAUUUUUGUUAAAGCACUAAAUUUCCAAAAAAUUAAGAUGAGCUAUUCAAAGUUAUAUCUUAACUGUACAAAAUUGCUUAACUUCUUAUUUUUAGUUGAUAGUUCUUCUGUUGAUAUUUCAACGUUAAUGUUUUUUGUUAAUCUGUGCUUCAUUUAUUUUUUCUCCCAUCUUGUUUCGGAUAAUUUGUAACCUGAAAGGAUGAUAAUUCUUACAUAUGCGCAUUUGUUAAGAAACUUUGCACUUAAUCUUGUUCCUGAAUUCCUUGAAUUUCAAUCUUUAAAUUCACAAGUAAACAUAGUACUUAAAAUUAAUCUUCAGUUUUUCUCUUUACACAAUUGAAACUGUAGAAUAGUGGUUGAUUAAAUUUUAAAAUCAGGUUGCAUAGUUGAUUAAAUACUGAACUCGUGAAUAAUAUUAAAUUUACCCAAGUGAUUGAAAUAUUUGACAAUUGUAUUUCAUUGAACUCA